AUGAAGGUUCUCAGCCUGAAUUUUGUCAACUGCGCUGCCAAGGCCUGCAAAGCGACCUCCGAUUCCUUUCCGCUCCAUCCCAAGGACGCCGAACUUGUUCAAGAUGAGAUUGAACUGAACCCAGCGAUGCUCAUCAACGUUCUCCCGAGACUUGACUGGGCAGCUCUCCGAACAACUUCAUCAGAGCUUGGGUUCCCCCAGCUUCCAGAGCAAGCCCCGACAGCCGAACAGCUCCAAGCUGAUGAGAAGAUUUUGAAAGAUCUGCACCAUCUGUUGCUCGAGACACAGAUCUCGGAAGGCAAGCUCGUUUGUGGCAACUGUGGGCACGAGUAUGCUAUCAAGGAGGGUAUUGCCAACUUUCUCUUGCCCAGCCACCUAGUUUGA